AUCAGCAACCGGCCGCAGCUGUAGCGGCAGGAGCACGCUGUGGCGAAAUGCGUUGUGUGGGGCUUAUGUAUAUGGGCCGCCAUGGCCGCCGCUAAGCGGCUCCUCCAAACCCAGGCUGCUGAUUAUUAGGGUUUCUCUCAAGGCCAAGCCCAUGGCUACCGCUGCCGCUGGCGCCGCCGCCGCGGGGGCUCGUCGCCGGCCGAGGCGGGGCGGCAGCAAGGGGCCCAACUCCGACCUGUCACGCACGCUCACCGACUGCACCCGCCGCGGGGACGCGGCCGCCGCCAUGGCCGCCUUCGACGCGGCCAUCGUCUCCGGCGGCCCCGAGGACCUCCGUUUCGCCGCGCACCAGUACAACCAGCUCCUCCACCUGCUCGCCUCCGCCGACCGCUCCUCCUUCCCCGGCGGUCACCCGGCCGUCGCCGCCUCGGCGCGCCGCGUGUUCGCCCACAUGCUCGAGGCCACGACGGCUGCCCCCGCGGAGGCCACCAUCACGUCUCUCGCGCGCGUCAUCGCCUCCGACCCCGGCGGCGGCGACGAGGCCUUCGAGCUCGUGGCCACCAUGCGGGAGAGGUACGGCCUCGCGCCGCGCCUCCGCUCCUACGGCCCCGUGCUCGCGGCGUUCCGGCGCACCGGGGAGGCUGGCAAGGCCUACGCGGUCGAGGCCCACAUGGCCGCCUCCGCCGUCUCGCCCGAGGAGCCCGAGCUCGCCGCGCUCCUUGACGUCAGCGCCAAGGCAGGGGACGCCGACAAGGUGUAUGAGUAUAUGCACAAGCUGAGGCGGGCCGUGGCCUGCGUGAGCUUGGAGACCGCGGAGGUGUUGGAGGGCUGGUUUCAGAGCGAGAAGGCGGCAAUGGCUGGUAAGGCUGAGUGGGAUGCGCAGCAGGUGAAGGAUGCCAUUGUGGCGAAUGGUGGUGGAUGCCAUCAGCUCGGGUGGCUUCAGAAUGGACCGUGGGUGGUGCGGCGGGCGACGGUUGGGACGGAUGGUGAGUGUGGCGGAUGUGGAUGCUGUCUAGCCUCUGUGGAUAUUGACAUGGAGGAGACACAGACUUUUGCUGAUUCUGUUUCCGGGUUGGCCCUUGAGAGGGAGACCAAAGCAAAUUUCAGCCAUUUUCAGGAGUGGUUGGAAGCACAUCAAGAAUAUGAAGCUAUAGUUGAUGGUGCAAACAUUGCACUCUAUCAACAAAAUUUUGCAGAUGGUGGUUUCAGUUUGGUUCAGCUGGAUGCUGUUGUAACAGAGUUACGAGAUAGAUAUAGUGGGAAAUGGCCACUUGUCAUACUACAUAAUAAACGCAUUGCCAAGCUUAUGGAAAAUCCAUCUGAUAGGCACUUGAUUGAAACUUGGAGAGCAAAUGGAGCAUUGUACACGUCACCAAGUGGGUCAAAUGAUGACUGGUAUUGGCUAUAUGCAGCAAUUGGAUUGAACUGUUUGCUCGUGACAAAUGAUGAAAUGAGAGAUCACAUAUUUGAGCUCCUAGGAUCGUCCUUUUUCCACAAGUGGAAGCAACGACAUCGGGUCAAGUACACUUUUAAUAAAGGAAAGGCGGUGCUUCUGAUGCCACCCCCUUAUUCUUCAGAGAUUCAAGAAUCGGAGACAGGAUCUUGGCAUGUGCCGAUUGAGGAGAAGUCUGGCGAUGAGAGAGUUAGGACUUGGCUUUGUAUUGGUAGGACGGGUCUCAGCAAACAGACCCGUGAAGUUGUCCAGGAUGUAUCAUCAUCUGAGACGUCUAAAAGAGCUGAACAUAGCGCACCACAAGAUCAAGCUACGGCUAUAACUGGCAAAAGAAAGGAUAGGGAUUGAUGGUGCUUCAUUUGUGAUCAACUGAAACAUACCAAAAUUUUGUGACGUGCUUUGUUCAGUAUUCUGCCCGUAAUUUGAGAAUAGGGAUGCGGUGUUAGCGCCAUGCAUGAAUGCCUGUUUGUGGGCGAGACGAGCAUUGCAAAGUAUAUCUGACUUGUGUGCAGUUGUGCACCAAGGCUAUUACAGAUUUAAUUGAGGAUUUUCAGCAAAAAGAACUGACAAGGAAUUAGUGUUAUCAUCUUUUAUCUACUGUAUGACAUUGAAAGUUAAAACUUGGUUGAACUGUUAAUUUUUUCCCUGAGAAAUGAGAUCAGUUA